GAAGAAGGGAUUGAGUACAAGGAUAUAUGUGUUCAAGUGCUUAGGAGAACUGGAAGUAGACCUGGAGAAGGACUCAGCUGCAGAAUUCAGUUUCUUGAUCCGUUUAAAAGAAGAAGUAGAAAAGAUAAAUCUUCUCUUCAGUGCCUGGAAGGGAAAACAAAAUAACCUCAACUCCGCUUUGAAAAAAAUCUUUCCAAGAACUUUCUUCAGAGAUUUGGCUCAGAUCAUUUCUACAAUGAAGAAAGAACAGAUUUUUUGGGCUUCUGUGUAUCUGCUGCUUAACUGUGCCUCUGCCUCUCUUAAGGCUGUUGCCAAGGAUGCUGAAGAUUAUACAGACAUUACAGAUGAUGAGUUGCCACCACUGAAACUUGAACAUUCAUUUUGUGCUUUGAAAGCGGAUAAUGGCCCAUGCAGAGCAAUCCUUAUGAGAUUUUUCUUCAAUAUUCACACUCAACAGUGUGAAGAAUUUAUUUAUGGGGGAUGUGAAGGAAAUCAGAAUCGAUUUGAAAGCCUGGAAGAGUGCGAACAAAAAUGUAUGGGAGAUUAUUUAAAGACCAGGACAGAGACCACAUUAGAAAAAGAAAAGCCAGAAUUCUGCUUUUUGGAUGAAGACAGUGGAAUCUGUCGAGGUUAUAUGACUAGGUAUUUUUAUAGCAAUAACUCAAAGCAAUGUGAACGUUUCAAGUAUGGUGGGUGCCUUGGCAAUCGAAACAACUUUCAAUCACUGGAAGAAUGCAAGAACACCUGUGAAGACAUAGUGAAUGAUCUCCAGACGGAUAUAACUGUGAAUAAUACAUCACUGCCUGAGUCUAUGGAUAGUAUAUUACCACUCGAUUCUGUGACUAACACGUUACGGCCUGAACCUGUGAAUAGUACAUUACCACUUGUUUCUGUGAAUAACGACUCCUUCACUCCCCAGCCUACCAACAUCCCGAGCUUUUUGGAAUUUUAUGGCCCUUCCUGGUGUCUGACCCCAGCAGACAGAGGACUGUGUCAAGCCAAUGUGAGCCGAUUCUACUACAAUUCAGUCAUUGGGAAAUGCCGUCCGUUUAAAUACAGUGGAUGUGGAGGGAAUGAAAAUAAUUUUACUUCCAAAAGUGAUUGUCUGAGGACUUGUCAAAAAGGUUUCAUCCAAAGAACUUCAAAAAGAGGAUUAAUUAAAACUAAAAGAAAGAGAAGGAAGCAGAUAGUGAAAAUAAGAUAUGAAAAAAUUUUUGUUAAAAAAAAUAAAGACCUAGAGAGGACACAAGCAUGUGAAAAGAUGCUCUACACCAUCAGUAAACAACAACUUACAAUAGUCAGCUACGACUACACACCUAUAGAAUGGACAGUACACAGACACCACCACGGACACCAGCAAAUGGUGGCAAGACAUGGAUGGAGCAAGAGCGACUCUUCGUCAUCACUGUGGAGGCAGCAGAUCUUUGGAAUACAUGCUAUUCUUUCUCAGGAAUACAUCACUGAUGUAUCAGUGCCUGUCACCGGGUUUAGCCUCCAGCUUAUCACUGCUUCUCACAGUAGUCCUGUGUCCCACCACAGCAAAUCAUAG